ACACACGGUGGUACGGUUGCCUAGGCUUAAUUUUGGCUCAUAUCACCCCCCAUAGCGCACAUUUUCAGGUGACUGCUAUGCAAAAGACUGCAGCUUGGUGCACGCGAAGGAACUGCGCAGGCAACCAGCCGUUUUAUGACAGCAAUUGCUACACUAGUUUGUAAAGAUAAAAUGGCCAACUAAUAUACCAAAUGGUUUCUUCAGCUGCACACAUAAUUCACUCUUCCUCAAAAUACCGAACAGUUGGCAGCAACACUAAUUCUGUAGCUAACUAGCUACUACCACGUUCUAACUAAUUUGUUGCAUGUUUUCAUUAUUUAUCGGAAUGUCGGACACUCUAGGGGACGGAAAGUUGGAGCUGAAACAAGCCAGCAAAGAAGUAAAGGAGAGCGAGAACGUGGCGGAAAAAUACUCAGCCAUGACAGUGAGCAAGAACAGCGAAAUUGUCAUGGGUGAUCUGUCAAUGUCGUCCGCUGCGUUUAGUGCGGUCCCUACUCACAAACCUGUCAAAAAGCAAAUCCAGUUUGUGGAAGACAAGCAAGAGUUCAGCAGGUUUCCUACCAAGGCAGGACGACGCUCCCUGUCUCGAUCAAUCUCUCAGUCAUCCACCGACAGCUACAGUUCAGCUGCGUCCUACACGGACAGCUCUGACGAUGAAACUUCACCACGGGACAAAAUACAGGUCAAUUCCAAGGGCACCAACGACUUCUGUGUGAAGAACAUCAAACAUGCCGAAUUUGGUCGCCGCGAGAUUGAGAUUGCAGAACAAGAUAUGUCAGCAUUAAUCUCGCUCAGGAAGAGAGCCCAGGGAGAGAAGCCACUUGCUGGGGCUAAAAUCGUUGGCUGCACUCACAUCACUGCCCAGACUGCAGUGUUGAUUGAGACUUUGGUGGCACUGGGGGCCCAGUGUCGCUGGACAGCCUGUAACAUCUACUCCACACAGAACGAGGUGGCAGCUGCCCUCUCAGAGAUCGGUGUGGCUGUUUUUGCCUGGAAGGGGGAAUCGGAGGAUGACUUCUGGUGGUGUAUCAACAAGUGCAUCAACAUGGAGGGGUGGCAGCCUAAUAUGAUCCUUGAUGACGGAGGGGACUUGACUCACUGGGUGUAUAAGAAAUACCCCAACGGCUUCAAGAAGAUCAGGGGCAUUGUGGAGGAGAGUGUGACUGGGGUCCACAGGUUGUACCAGCUGUCCAAAGCAGGCAAGCUGUGUGUGCCAGCCAUGAAUGUAAAUGACUCUGUGACAAAGCAGAAGUUUGACAACCUCUACUGCUGCAGAGAGUCUAUCUUGGAUGGCCUGAAGAGGACCACGGACGUGAUGUUUGGAGGAAAGCAGGUGGUUGUCUGUGGUUAUGGCGAGGUUGGGAAAGGUUGCACUGCCGCACUGAAAGCCAUGGGAUCCAUCGUCUACGUCACAGAGAUUGAUCCCAUUUGCUCCCUGCAGGCCUGCAUGGAUGGCUUCAGGGUGGUCAAGCUUAAUGAGGUCAUCCGUCAGGUGGACAUCAUCAUCACAUGCACUGGGAAUAAGAACGUGGUGACCAGGGACCAGCUGGACCGUAUGAAGAACGGUUCCAUCGUGUGCAACAUGGGACACUCCAACACUGAGAUUGACGUGGCGAGCCUGCGGACCCCAGAGCUGACCUGGGAGAGAGUGCGCUCUCAGGUGGACCAUGUCAUCUGGCCUGAUGGCAAGAGGGUCAUCCUGCUGGCCGAGGGUCGUCUUCUGAACCUCAGCUGCUCCACAGUUCCUACCUUCGUCCUGUCAAUCACUGCCACGACCCAGGCUCUGGCUCUUAUUGAGCUGUACAAUGCUCCAGAGGGCCGCUACAAACAGGAUGUCUACUUGCUUCCCAAGAAGAUGGAUGAGUAUGUUGCCAGCCUGCACCUGCCCACCUUUGAUGCCCACCUAACGGAGCUCUCAGAUGAGCAGGCCAAGUACCUGGGCCUCAACAAGAAUGGCCCAUUCAAACCCAACUACUACAGGUAUUAGCUUGCAUGAACGGACCACACCUCUGCACUCCUUGACUUGGACAAGGCCUGGAUAAGAUAAUGAAAUAUAUAUAUAUAUAUAUAUAUAUAUAUAUAUAUAUAUAUAUAUAUUAAGCUCCUAUUCCUUCAUCUUCUACAGUAGGUGUUACCCUGUUUCACUUGCUGUUUUGUGUGUUUAGUUUCACCAUUAGUUCUGUAAAUACACACUCUAACAAACCAACAUACAGGACCCCACUGUCCAUCAAUGACCAAUUGAAAGUACAGUACCUAAACUCAGCUGUCUGCUUGAGAUAUUUAUAUACACGUCUGAUUUCAUUCCCACUCUCCAGUAGAAUAGACAUUUUUCUGAUGUGUUAUUUGUAGUUUGAUAGAUCUUUAUUAUUGUGCCAAUUGAUUGUGUAGGGAAGGGGAUUGUUGUAAUUGAGAUUUAUAUUUUCUGUCUGCAUUGAUGUCGCUCUUCUCAAAUAAUUACAUUCCAGCCAAGGGAACAGGGAGAAAUGGCCUCCACACUAGAAAGACUCAACUUCAAUGUCCCAUUUAAAGGCAUUGUCACAUUUCCUGCUGGACCAUGUGUAUACCCAUAUAUAUGUUUACUACCAGCUUGUCAUUUUACUGAUCUUUAUCUCUCUUCCUCUGAAACAGAACUGAGGUUUUAUUGAAAAUAUGAGUACCUGUACUGACUGUACUGUAUUGGGGCGGCAGGUAGCCUAGUGGUUAGAGUGUUUGGUUGAUAGAUUGAAUCCCAGAGCUGACAAGGUAAAAAUCUGUCAUUCUGCCCCUGAACAAGGCAGUUAACCCACUGUUCCUAGGCCGUCAUUGUAAAUAUGAACUUGUUCUUAACUGGCUUGCCUAGUUAAAUAAAGGUUAAUUUUUUUUUUUUUUUUUAAAUAGACUAAAGGGCAGACAAACAGUAUAUGAUUUUCUUUGAAUAGUACAUGUGUGCAUGUACAGUACAGAAAUGCAAUUAUCUUCACUAACAACAUUUAUAAGUGUAAGAUACAGAAAGGUAUGUGCAACCAGAAGAGUGACUAUCCAAUCUGGCACUGGUUUUGAUUGAGUCUCACAUGGUAAUAUGGUAAUAAUACUGGAAUGUUUUGCAUUCUAGGAGUCUUAUCAGACUUACAAGGACAAUAGUGCAUUGCUAUUUCUCCAUUCCUGGUCUAAACGAUGUGGAAUUAAGUUUAUUGACGUUAUUUUUUUUUAAAUACAGUAGUUGGCUGAUUUUAGUAUUGUUAUUACUAGUAGUAACUAGUAUCCCUGUUUGUGUGACGUGAAUCUGUUUUUCACUUAACGUUCCUGAUCACCAUGUUGUCCUUCUGUCUGUUCUCUGCAUCCAUACUUGCCUGUUUUCAUUUCACCAUCACAUUGAAAGGUCUACUCCAUAAGGAGAGUGGUUAUUCAGUUGAGUAAUGUUGUUUUUUACUUCCACCUGCUGAUGAAUAUUACACAGGGUAAAUAAUCUGUAUGUAUUACCGGUGCAUUUAAAAUGACAUGCACUGUCACUCUGGUCUGGUAACAUGGGACACUGAGUCGGUUGAAUACAGACCACAUCUGUGUGUACAAUGUCCAGUGUUUUCUGUCCUUCCAUUUUAGCUGUGUGAAACAACAGAUACUGUUUUAUUUGUAUAUAUAUUAGCUGAUGCAACUGUGAGAUAAAGCGCUUUCUUCUUUGCACUACUUAAAGCUGUUGAGCAUUUACAACCAAGGACAUAUGUGUGAGAAGGACAUUGUUGGAGGGGUAUUGGCGUCGUAACUUUGGUUACUGGUCAAGUGACAGUGCCUUGUGACCCAUCUGCUACUGCACAUAUUCAUCAGUUGUAGGAUUAUGUCUGUCCACUCUAUUCCUCUUUGAAAGCUGUCCAACAGUGUUCUGAUUCUGCAGUAUAAUCACUAUGCACCAAGAUGUGCAUCACUGUAGUGGUCUCUUAUAAAUAUUUGUACUUAUUGGGGGUACCCAAACUGCUUAAUGUGUCAGCAUUUAGUUACUUCCAUUGUAAGAGAACAUAGUAGUUUGAAUUGACCUGUUUUGGACUUUUUGAAGUUACAGUAAAUCUUUAUUUCUUCCCUUGGAUAUUGUCUGUAUAGCACUACCAAAAGCAUGCCAUGAAGUAAAACCAGAAUGCCUUUACAUGCACUGUGUUGUUUACAAGGCCUCUGAAUUUAAAUUCUGUUUUAGUUCAUUGAAUCUCCCAUACUUUAGAUUUGUUUAUACUGUCAGAACCAUAACGACUAGCAGGAUGUCGUAAUAACUGACAAAUAUAGUCAGUUUAUGAAACCCUGUCUAGCAGUUAAGUGUUAUCUGACCAGCUCACAAGUCCAGGGUCAUUAGGAUGUUGUAUGCAACAGUGUUCUGCAAUUUGGGCUAAUUGAGUGACUGUCGGUGACUGACAUAACAACAGAAACUGAUGCACACUACCAAAUUUCGAAAUUGCACCUUGUGUAUUCUACUAUUCCAACUAUCAAAAAUAAGUUGAGACCCCGACUGAGUUCCUAAAAUGUAUUUAUUUAUUUAUUUUUUGGGUGAAAUUGAUCCGCAGGCCUACAAAAGGGGGGCCGUGGGGCGCCAGUGCACAUCCCUGAUGAAAAGCAAGGAGCACUGUGAUGUACAUGAUGCGAGAAUCGCUUAUGUAUCUCUGGUUGUGACAAAACUACCUUUUUUAUUUGAGCUUUGCAAAUUAAAUUCUAUUGUUAAAUUAUACACUACUAUGUAUUAUUUUUCUGUGUAUUAUCUGAGUGGUUGAUGUAUAGUCUGAGUCAACUCAAGUUGUUUUACUUUAAUCUGACUGCUCUCUGAUGCUGCUAUUUAUUUUUCUGCUUUCUGUUGGUUGAUGUGUACCGAUCCCUUUAAUAAACUUUUCGGUGUUUGAAUUAAAACCUGCUAGUG